AUGAAACCAUUUGAGGUCUUCGACCCUUCCCUCCCGCCUCUGCGUGAUUCCGCUUCUCCCUUUAUUGCCCCGGCGUGGAAAUCCCUCCUUGAACGCUAUCCUGGCAACCUAGGGACUAUUUGCAGCGGCAUCCUCAUAUUCGGCUGCUGCCUCGGUUGUACGACCCAGCCGACAGACCGUCGAACUCCUAAUCACCGUAUCGACGACCCCUCUCUAAUCACCCAGAAGCUCUCUGCUAAUCUAUUAUGUCCUUGGGUGCAACUAUCCACUGGCCCCGUUGUGGUUUCUCCACUAGGGCUCGUGCCUAAACACGACGGGGGAUGGCGCCGUAUCCAUGAUCUUUCCUACCCGCCGGGUCGCAGUGUCAACGAGUCUAUCCCCGACGCUGCUUCUACUAUACAAUACAUCUCUAUGGAUAACAUCUUCGAUCUCAUACGCACGUCUGGACGAGGAUGCUAUAUUAUCAAACGCGACAUCAAGGAUGCUUUCCGCAACAUUCCCGUCGCCCCCGCUGACUGGCCCCUCCUAGCCUUCUCGUGGGAUAGCAAGACAUACAUGGAGUGCUGCCACCCAUUCGGCCUUACAACUGCACCCUUUAUCUUUAACCUUUUUGCUGAGGGCCUUAACUGGCUCCUAACCGCUUAUUUGCCUGUGGCCUCUAUCGCUUAUUACCUUGACAAUUUCAUCGCUAUUUUCCCUUCCUCCGUAGGAGGUCUCUCUAAAGCCCUUACCGCUUUCAAUACCGUAUAUAUACCUCUCACGGAUGCGUUAGGCAUCCCACGGAAUGACUCGAAAGACGCCGCGGGUACCGUGGUCAGUGUCCUUGGAGUCGAAAUCGACACGACACUUCUGCAGGCCCGCAUGCCUCGCGAUAAGCUAGCACGCGCUUCUUCCGAAGCCGCGUCGCUACUACAGCUAGAUCGUGUCUCGCAUAAAGCUUUGCAACGUGUAAUCGGUUUCCUCCAACACUGCUCAAUGGUUAUCCGUCUCGGCAGAGCCCGCCUUCAGUCGCUCUACAGCGACCUCGCAUCCUUCCCGCCUCACCAGCGCUCCGUUCGCCGCCUAUCCCAUGAUAGCCGCGGGGAUCUUGCGUGGUGGAGGGAUACUCUCCCGUUAUUUAACGGCAUCCAUUUCUUCGAGAAGAGCCGCCCCCUAGUUGCCCUCUACACAGACGCGUGCGACUCAGGUCUGGGCCACUUCUUCUUCUAUACGCCCUCAUGGGACUCCGCCAGGGACUGGAUGUCUGCAGCGCCUCACCUGCCUUCCACCCAUGCGGCUAUUGUGGACGCCUCCUCCGCCUGCGGCGACGUGGCCCACAUUAACAUCAAGGAGGUCUCCGCAAUCCUGCAGGCCUUCCUCAUCCACAGCCCCCAUUGGGCUCAUCAUCUUGUCCUCGCUUUCACGGACAGCGCCGUCGCAUUUCAUGGCCUGUCUAAGCAGGCACUCCGUGGGCCGGUACUGUGUAGGAAGUAA